UGGUCACCGUCGUUAGUAGCCACAAUGAAGCCAACCUCUGUAGCAGUGUUGACGUCAACAGCUAGUGCGGCGCAAGUUUUGUGUCUCUUUCUGCAAUCGUCGGGUUAGGUUUUCGUUCGUUGACGAUUCCGCGAAAAGUUUGCAGUGUUUCACGUGUAACCCUUAUUUUGCGAGGCUGCGAAGCUGUGGGUGGAUCGGGUUACAGUGCAUUUACGGCGUCUUCUCGGCUAUAAGAAUGAUACACACGGCAGGACGAGGACAGUCUUUAUUUCCAGCGCAGGGCGCCAGGAACUCCGUGUUCAAUUGAAAGACGUCCUACCACAACCCAACCUGGGAGGAACUCCUAUUCAAAUAGGAACUAAAAGUAUACAGCAUAAAAUAAAUGAAUAUCGAAUCACGUUUGAAACCAUAAAAAUAUAAUGAAAUACUUAAUAGUCCAUAUAAAUAAAAUGAAACGAGCCAUAACAGUAAUAAUUCAUACCUGUCAACUGGAGGCCGUUGGCAAUCUUACAAAUAAUGACGUAUGCCCUUACAAAUUGGGGACUAAUCUUACAACGUUGUAUAUAGCGUGCAAUAUGAAACAAAAAUAAAACUCCAUUUUUAAAAUAAUAUGAAUAUAUUGAUCAUAUUGUCACAUAAAACCUGAUUACUAAAUCAUGAUUUCUAAAAUUUAACAGUGACUUUUGUUAUAAUUGUAUGUAGCACUUUUGGCCAUUUCUAUCAUGUCUUGAUGGCUGCACUUUUUGACUUGAAGGGCGUUCGUUAGUGUGUCCAGGGCCGGCCCAGGCCAUUUGGGGGCCCUAAGCAAAAUAAUGCAAAGGGGCCCAUAUUUUUAGCCCACCAUUUCGUCACACUGUACUGUGAAACCCAUACAUGCAAUCCAACCCAUACGUCCAUAUUUUGUAUAUUAAUCAGAUUUUGUUGCACUGCAUACUUCAAACUUCUCACCCCAAAUGAUUGUCAGUACUUAUAGUAGAUAGCGCCAAACCUUUUUCUAAAAGAGGAAAGAAGUUAAGGAAGAACUUGUAUUUUUUUAAGCUUGUAAUCAAGUAUCUAAACUCACAAAAGUCAAAUAAAGCGAACUGUAGUAAACAAACUAGAAUAUGAAUUAAACAAUCGCCAGAUUGGGGGCCCCCUAGUGGUCAGGGGCCCUAUGCAGCUGCAUAGUCUGCGUGUAGGCUGGGCCGGCCCUGAGUGUGUCCAAUUAUAAAUGAAAAAGGUCAAUUGAUAAAACGAACUUACCGAUGCAAUCUUUGAGUCGGGGAACAUUUCUUUUGCUAAUUCUGAGAAGUGAUCAGCAAAAGUUGCGGGCAAAUUGUGUUCGGCAACAAAUUGGCAGAAUAAAAUCUCGGCUUUUGUCGCUUUUCAUUCUGCAGACUGCAUGACCAGUGUUGUUAAUCUUUCUUUUAAAAAGUCAUUCGUUACAGUUACAAAUGACUUCUCCCAAAAAGUAAUUGUGUUAGUAACUCCGUUACCUGAAUGUAAGAGUAAUUAGUUACUUGGCAAAGUAACUGGUGUUGCCUUUCAUCUUUUGUUUUGUUUAAAAAAACAUAGUAACAUUUGCUAUGUUUGGAAGUCAUUUAAUGUUGUGAAUCAACUGUUAAAGUGAUAACAUUGCUCCUGUUUUUGCAUGAGUUCGCUUCUGUCUACUUUCGACCUGUGAAAGUUUUAAAACGGUUUCAUCAUUUAAAGAUAGAUUCAAGUCAAGAUUUUGCCGAUUUAGGUGUAUUUUAGAUAAAAAGUGACUUCGCUUCGCUAGGAAGGUUCACUACAACAGAGCCUUUCCAAGAAGUCGACUGCUUUAAAAUGGCGGCUGUUUACCAACGCCGCCGAGUCUGUCAUUUCGCAUCUAGUUCAAUAUGAAUGUGAUAACGAGGCGUAGAUUGUAGGCUGUUGGCUACAGUCAGGAAAUAGUGGAGCCAUCUAGCUUAGCAUCACGUUUGCUACAGCGUCACAACAAACACUCUUCUCUCUCUCCGUAUCUCAGACUUUUCUCGCGUCAUUCAACCAACGUAGUAACGCACAUUGUCUCGUUGUCAAAACGGUGACAAAAUCCAAACGGAGGGGAAAAAAACGUAAUGCACGAAAAACGUACAGAUUUUGAGCGUACGGCGUACACAUUUAAAAAUCAGUGCUCACUCGCCGAAACCGUACAACUUGACAGGUCUGAUAGUUGUAUACAAAUCCUGCUUACACAAGGAUUGCUGGUGAUGGAUAGACGUCCAAUCCAGUGGCAGUUUUCCGAUUUUUUCUGUAACUGGGGCCACACGUGGCCCUCGGGGGCCAAUUGUCGCUGCCAUCUUUGUUCAGCGUCAGUUUGGGUCAACAACGCAGAUUACCCUGCAUGUGGCGGCAAAAAACAUCUUUGAGACCGUCAAACAGAGAUGACCCAAUGAGACGAGGUCAUCGCCCUGGAUACGUCGAUUGUGAUGAACCAGUUCCGUACGGCGAUACCGUCACUCAACCCGCUGACCGGCCUCUUCUUCCGCACGCUCACCUUUCUGGAACGUGACAUCAAACCCGUGUUUGUGUUGGACGGACCGCCUCCCGAAGAAAAGAUUGCCGCCCUUCGGAAACGAGCCCGGGCGGCGGGCUGGCCUUCCCCCUACCGUUUGGGCACAGGAUCGGUGCAAAAACAAGACUGUUUCCAUCUCCUCAAGCUUCUGGGUGUACCUGUUCUCCAAGCUCCGGGAGACGCCGAGCGCCUUUGCGCUUGGCUGGUCCGACGGGGGAGCGCGCGAGCCGUGGCGUCGGAGGACACCGACUCCUUGCCCUUCGGGGCUCAGCUUCUCCUUCGCCAGCUCGACGCCAAGAAAGACGGUGACAUUGUGGAAUACUCUUUACCCAAGUUGCUGGGGAAACUCCAACUCACUCACAAAGAGUUUGUUGACCUGUGCAUCUUGCUGGGAUGCGACUACUGUGACAAAAUAACGGGUUUGGGUCCCAAGAGAGCCCUGACGCUCAUCCAAAAGUACCGCAGCAUCGAAAAUGUGCUUUUGCACAUCAACAGACGGACUCAUCCGGUGCCAAAUGACUGGAAAUACGAAGAAGCCCGGAAGUUGUUUUUGGAAGAGCCGUGCGCCCGAGUACCCGAGUUGAUGUGGACCGAGCCGGACGAAGACGCUUUGGUCGGCUUCCUCUGCCGCCGCACCUACGUCAAGGAGGAAAGAAUCCGCCGUCGCAUGGAGAGAUUUCGACAGAUUCGGGAGAGCGAGCGAAAGCGAAGGGAAAAGGAGACCGCGGAGGGAGGCUACAGGCAAACUCGGAUGCAGGACUUUUUCAGAGUUCUCAGAAAGAGGGAGCAGCCCACGGAAUCCGCAGACCCUGGAAGCAGCAACAGAAAGAAACACAAAUUGAAAUAAAGGCAUCCAAAUCUGGACAAGUGCUUUCUAUGUGUAUUCUGUUCGGAAUUCCAACUAAAAACGGUACUCAUUAUGUUGCGCGGAUCCACUUUUAUUCCAACACGACAAAAUUGUUAGGUGUGUUCGUUCAGUGCCUUU